UAAGGAGCAGAAGGAGGGAGAACCUGCCCUAAGAAAGCUUGCUUGCUGCUGUUUUGAAAGUAAAACAGCUUAUCCUUUAUUUUAGGAUCCGUGCUGAAAUUCCUUUAUCUUGCCUGGUUACCAAUGGCGAGAUUAAACAGGUUUGUUUUCUUUUAUAGUCUCUGUCCUCUCCCUUACGCGCGCGCAACUUUGCCUUUUCUGUGCUGCAUAUAAAAUCCCAGUAAACUUAAUCAGUUCUUCAUUUUGGGAGUCUGCUAUGAUGGACAGGUCUAUAAACAAUAAAAUGUGCACUGUGAGGGUUGCAGGCAUUCCAUUUCAUCCACCCCCUUUUUUCCCCCCUUUUCUUUCUUUCUCCACACACAAUCAAUUGCCCUUUGGGAGUUAUUUUUUAUUUUAUUUUUUACUUUUUAUUUACUAAAGAUAGUGUAAUGAGUUCAUGGGUGCAAGACUAAAUUCUGGAUCAAGCUAGUGUUAGAAUUUAAUUAAGGCUUGUGUGUUAAAGCCGCGUGUCAUACUUCCACAUCUAAGACUCUAAUCAAGACCCGUGUGUAUUAAGCUGCGUGUUAGACAUCCCUUUAAUUCUAGGAAAUCAACAAGCCUCGCCUUAGCCUUUAUUUUACACAAACACACAAAGUUUCUAGUCCUCAUGUUGAGAAAGAGAUGCUUGACAAGGUGGGGAAACCUCCAGUGAUUUGGUAAUGUUCUGCCCUGCUGUCUCAGGAACCAUCCCUGGUAUUUCCGGUUGCUCUGACUUGGCAGCCGAUUUGUGAGUCAUUAACUCUCUCACUCCCCGCCCAUUGUGCUAUUGAUUUCCUUGUUUUCAUACCCAGCGAUGGUGUCAGAGCAGACGGGACACAUCUUGACACAAGGUGAGUAGUGAGAACUCCGUGGGUUAAAAUGUGUAUUUGUGGUGCAAAGUGCCCUGUGUCCUAGGACCAAGUAGUUAGGGUAAGGAAGGGUGGGGUGCUAAUGCUGUAGAAAAGAAUUAUAUCUCUAUGAGGGAUAGAAUACAGUGCCCAGGAUUCUUUGGGGGAAGCUCUGUGAUUUAAAUGUGCUUUAUCUCUAUGGUGUGUGUGCAGACUCAGAAAGAAGGUUUAAGAAAUGGAACCCUUCUCUGCUUAACGAUGUAUGUCAGACCAGGGUGUGCUUCCAAUAAUAAUUUUUAUUGAGUAUUUAUCAUGAUCUGAUUACAGGGAAACCAGACAGCUUUGGCUACCAAUGAGCAUUCAUGCUGAUGUGUUUGCUGGGAGGUUAGAUGGCAUUGCGUUGGAGCAAGUGUUAUCCCACACUUUCCAGAGAAUUUUCCCCAUCACUUUCCUUCACACCAAAAGUCCAAUCUUUGAGGGAAGCUGGUUUGUGGCACAAGAUCUCCCAAUCCACUAUAACUGUGUGACUUGAGUUUGCUGGUUUUUGACUCAAUCCCACUCAAGAAUAGUGACAGUCUGGAAGCACUCAGAGUGGUUUGGAAAAACAACUGAGUUCACCCGCACAAUCCAUGUAAAGCACUCCUAUACACGAUAACAAUCAUGACCCUCCCCUCUCUGGAAUGCUGGGAACAGUGAUUUUUAAGGGGUCUCCCAAUGAUUCUCAGGACCCUUAACUGCAGUUCCCAUGAUUCUUUGUGGGGGGAGCUGUGGCUGUUAAUGCGGUACAAAACUGCUUUAAAUGGAUGGUGUGGAUGUGUCCAGCAAAACAAGCCUUCCAGAACAAGAAAUACCUUGAAGCAUUGCUGAUAGAUAGGGAUGGAGAGAAGGAAGGAACUCCAUCACUUCAAGGAUGAAGAGAACAUAAGAAGGUGUUCUUUGUACAAGGACCAGGGGUCCACCUAGCUCAGCACGGUCUGCACAGCAGGGCAGGAGCUGUCCAAGGUUUCAGGCAGGGGACAUUGCUAGUCCUACUUGGAGAUUUAAUAUAGCAUCUUCUGCAUGCAAGGUAGAUGCUGUUCUGCUGAGCUAUGACUUUUCACCAUACAACAGGGAUACAAUGCACAGUUUGUCUGUGAUGCUUCCUAUACCCCGAUGUUAGUUCCCACGGUGGGAGCAGGAGGAACGUUGUUAGGGGCUGGCUCAAGGGGCCAAAGACCCAGGUCUUGCCUGCUUCACCCCGUCUCCACUGCCCCAUCCCUCCUCUUUUUAAAAACAAAUGCUUUUUCAAAAGGUUUCACAUACAAGGUAGCUGGGAGUGCACCCAGAGUGCAGAGCCAGUAAAAUCCCAUAUAGACACCCCCUUAAUUUGCCCACAGUCAACUCAUACAAUUAUGUGACAUGGGUCUGUGCUCCCAAUCCUUUAAGUACUAACCCAUUCUGGGGGGGGGGGCAGCAGCAUGGUAUAUUCUCCCAUAACCCUGCACACCAAAAACUAAAUCCAUGAGUUACAUUUUUCAGCCAAAAGACCAUGACAACUAUACAGAAUUUGCUAUAACAGGUAGUGAUUUGAUGGCCACUAGCUCAGAUGGCUUUAAAAGAGGAUUGGGCAAAUUCAUGGAGAAUAUCAAUGGCAACUAGCCAUGAUGAGUAUUGUUUGUUUCUUACUAAAUAAAAUCACAAAUGUUGCUGGUGGCAAAUCAGCAGCUCCAGCCUAGACCCCAGCUGUGUUCUCAGUUAACAUUUUUGAGGAGCAGUUUUGAAAGCUGCCUAUAUUAAGCAGGGAAAAGAUCCCCAGACCUUUUCUAUUCCUGGUUGUGUUAACCCAUCUGGAUCUAAUAUGAUGUAAAAGCAGUGAUACCAACUUUAACUGACUUGUCAAUGAGUGGAGGCUGACUAAGCCACACUUGAGAUGUUGUGCUACAAAUCGCCCCAGGCCAGGGUUGAGUCAGAGGCUGGAAAUAUGUAGGUUGGUUUGUUCCUCCCUGUGUCAUCUGCAAAGUUUUCCUUGAAAGUGUCCUUGAUUCCUUGUCAUGCUGGGCUCUCUGUAUAAAAGCAGAGCGGGACAGAUUGCUCUUGGCAAAGGGAGCCCGGCCCAGUUCUCCAACUCAGGUAAGGCUUGGACUUCGACUUGAUCCAUGACAGAAGCAAUGUAAGAGUCCUCAGACGGGCCACAUCUUAAAACUCAGCCACGGCUUGUGCCAAAGCUUCAGCGUCAACCUGGGUAGAGCAUUUUGGGGCAAGGAAAUCUGGGACGUCUCCAGUCCCACUAUUUACAAAGUUAGAGGUAGCAUUAUUAUGCCCAUCACAGUGAUUAAAGGCAUGUGAGAAGGUUAGACUGGAGGAAAAGGGUCCUAGCCACAAUGGCUAUAGUCUGCCUCUACUGUCAGGGGUGAUAUGCCUCUGAAUACUUGUACUCAGGUCUUGCUUGCAGGCCUCCUGAAGACCCAUCUGGUCAGCCACUGUGAGGAUAGAGUGUUGGAUGAGAAAGACCCUUGGCUGGAUCCAACAGAAAUAUUUUUAUGUUCUUAUUAAAUGCUUUGAGUGCCUUGACUGAUCAUCAGGAAGCUGCUUUGGAGUCCACCUGCUAGGGAUUGCACCUUGCAGCAUAGCGCCUUCGGGACUUUCUAUGGAGAUAAAACUGUAUUAAAAUAUAAAUUUCAAAUAAGCAGUUCAGGGCAAAUUCCACUUCCCAAUAACCUUUAGAAAUAUGGUUCCCAAUGUGGGGCACACGCCCCACAGGGGGAGCAAUUUGAAUUUUAUGGGGGGGGCAAUUUGGAAGCUUGUUUAGACCAAGUUAAUGGCCUUUUAGGCUUCCUCCAUGUGAAUAGGACUUCACUUUUUGAAUAAUAAGAAUUAUAUAUCACAGAGGGGCAUCAGGAUUUUAGAGAUGCUUAGGUGAGGCAUGGCCAAAACCAGGUUGGGAACCCCUGCUUUAGAACCGACCUCGCCACACGAUGUAGCAGGCCCCUGUUAUGAGGACCCCAUUGAGAAUUUCCCUGACAACAGGCAAUGAUGUGGUAUUAUUUAUGGUGGGGGGCGUUUUCCAGUGAGAAGGGGCUUCUAUUUUGAACUGGGGGUUGUUCAAGAGCCAUGACAUGGGGCAGAUUUCUGUGUACACCAUCAGGGCAAUGUCAAGUCAUUAAUUUGCCAAUUUAUUCUUUUACCAUCCUUGGGGGCGCCAUUUUGUUCUUCCCACCUCAGGAAGCAAGCCUCUUGAGACCACCUCCAUCCUUCCUACCUCACUUGGCUACCAUCCAUCACCUGACAAAGAACAACAAAGGGGUCAGCAAUGGCAGAGAGAGGCCCACGUCCAGGGCUGACCACGGCACUCCUCUUCCUGGCGGCCUGCUUGGCCGUGGCCGGUGCGGAAAGUUACCAGAAGUUCUUGAGGCAGCACGUUGACUUCCCAACGACGGAGGCUCCUGACCCCCGGAGCUACUGCAACCUUAUGAUGAAGCGCCGCGACCUGGCCACCUCCCACCACUGCAAGCACCUCAACACUUUCGUCCAUGCGGACACCUCCAAGAUCCAGCUUGUUUGUGGCGAGGGUGGGGUACCCACCACAGGGGACCUCCGGGAAAGCAAUGCCAGCUUCCCCCUCACGCUGUGCCAACUUCAGAAGGGCUCCUGGGCCCCGGACUGCAGUUACAAAGGGACCGAUAACACAGAAAGGAUCAUCAUAGCCUGUGAAGGGGGAUAUCCCGUCCAUUUGGAAACCGAAGUCCCAGCUGAUGUGGGGCAGGAGGACCUGUGAUGUGUGGAGCCAGGAAAAGCAAUCCAUGUAUUUCCAUAUAUAUAUUUGUCUCUAUCUGAUUUUCCCUCCUAACCAUUAUUAACUGAAAAGAAAAUCUCACUUUAGUUCACCUAUUCCACUUUUAUCUCGAGAAGAAAAGAUAAUUUAUUGAAUGUAGUCUUCAGAUUUUUCUUUCUCGUUUCCCUCCUACCAUUUCUUCC